UCACAUACGCUUGCCCGCAGCGGGUGUUUUUACUCAGGGAGCGCCUGAGGUUUCCCUCAGGUCAUUGCACAGGGCGGGGCCGAGUGGUGCAGAAGAUGGCGGCGGCGCGGGCGGCGGCGGCGGCGAUGAUUCGGCUCCGGCUCUCGGCCGGCGGACGGCUGCACUUCUCAGAUUACUUCUAUCGCCGUUUCACAGUUUCAUCAAUUAUGAUGGAGAGGACCCAUGUCAGCUAUGAAGUCAAAAGUGAUGUUGCAGUUGUGCGAUUUAACACACCAAAUUCUAAGGUUAACACUAUAUCUGAAAGGCUACAGUCAGAAUUUACUGAUGUGAUGAAUGAAGUCUGGGCAAAUGAUGCGGUUAGAAGCGUUGUACUUAUUUCAUCAAAACCAGGCUGUUUUAUCGCUGGUGCUGACAUCAAUAUGAUAGGGGAGUGUAAAACUUUUGAAGAGCUGGUUCGCUUAUCUCAAAAAGGACAGAAAAUAUUUGAGAAGCUGGAAGGAUCCACUAAACCAAUCGUAGCUGCUAUCAAUGGUUCCUGUCUUGGUGGUGGUCUUGAGGUUGCAAUUGCCUGCCAUUACAGGAUAGCAACAAAGGACAAAAAGACAGUCCUGGGCACUCCAGAGGUCAUGCUUGGUAUACUGCCUGGGGCUGGUGGUACUCAGCGAUUGCCAAAGAUGAUUGGUCUUCCUAAUGCUCUUGACAUCAUGUUGACUGGGAAAAACAUUCACGCCGAUAAAGCCAAGAAGAUGGGUUUGGUGGACCAUUUAGUUUCUCCCCUGGGGCCUGGGUUGAAAAGUCCGGAAGAGAGGACAGUGGAAUACUUAGAAGAAGUAGCAAUUAAUUGUGCCAGAGGAAUAGCAAAUAAACAGAUCUCUCUUAAGAAGGAUAAGAAACUGAUUGACAAUGUUCAAUCUUGGGCUAUGAAAUUCCCUUUCAUCAGGAAGCAGAUUUACAAAAUGGUGGAGAAAAAGGUGAUGGCACAGACCAAGGGCCUUUAUCCUGCCCCAUUGAAGAUCAUUGAGGCUGUGAAGACUGGAUCAGAGCAGGGAUCUGAUGCUGGCUACCUGAUGGAAUCACAAAAAUUUGGAGAGUUGGCAGUGACAAAUGAAUCAAAAGCUUUGAUUGGACUUUAUCAUGGUCAAGUAGCAUGUAAGAAGAACAAGUUUGGGAAGCCACAGAAAGAAAGCGAGAAAAUUGCUAUUUUAGGUGGCGGUCUAAUGGGCGCUGGUAUUGCACAAGUCACAGUAGAUAAAGGCAUUUCAACCAUCUUAAAAGAUACUACGUUGGAAGGACUUGAAAGGGGUCAACAACAGAUCUACAAGGGACUGAAUGAUAAGGUAAAGAAGAAGGCUUUAACAACAUUUGAGCGUGAUAGAAUCCUGUCAGACUUGACUAGUCAGUUAGACUACAAAGGAUUUGAAAAAGCAGACAUGGUGAUUGAAGCAGUAUUUGAAGAUAUGAAAAUCAAACACCAUGUUCUGAAGGAAGUCGAAGCUGUUGUAUCCCCUCAUUGUAUUUUUGCUAGUAAUACAUCUGCUCUUCCGAUUUCUGAAAUUGCUGCUGUCAGUAAGAGGCCAGAAAAGGUAAUUGGAAUGCAUUAUUUCUCACCUGUGGAUAAGAUGCAGCUACUGGAAAUCGUCAGCACAGAUAAAACCUCCAAGGACACCAUUGCAGCAGCUAUAACAGUUGGCCACAAACAGGGAAAAGUCAUCAUUGUAGUUAAGGAUGGCCCCGGCUUUUAUACAACAAGAUGUCUGGCACCUACAUUGGCAGAAGCACUUAGAGUCUUGCAGGAAACCAGUGAUCCAAAGAAACUGGAUUCGCUUACAACUGCCUAUGGGUUUCCUGUGGGCACUGCCACACUGAUUGAUGAAGUUGGUGUUGAUGUAGCAGCACAUGUGGCAGAGGAUUUGGGGAAAGUCUUUGGCUCUCGAAUGGCAGGUGGCAAUAUUGAAGUACUAAAAAGUAUGGUUGAAAAGGGAUUUUUAGGCCGUAAGGCUGGAAAAGGUUGUUAUCUUUACCAGGCAGGCACGAAAGCCAAAAAUUUGAAUCCAGGUGCUAAGGAAAUUCUAGAUCGUUUAAAACUGCCUGCAAACCCUGAAGUUUCAACAGAUGAAGAUAUUCAAUUGCGUUUGGUGUCAAGAUUUGUGAAUGAGGCAGUAAUGUGCCUUCAAGAAGGAAUAUUAAGUGACCCAAUUGAAGGAGACAUUGGUGCUGUUUUUGGCCUAGGGUUCCCACCAUGCCUUGGAGGGCCUUUCAAAUUCUUAGAUUCCUAUGGAGCAAGCACACUGGUUGACAAGCUGCAGAAAUAUGAACAAGUUUACGGUGUUGAGUUCACACCUUGCCAGAUGCUGCUGGACUACGCCAAGGACAAAAGCAAGAAAUUCCAUAACUAAAAUGAAGUUUCUACUUAACAAAACUAAACCAAUAAAAAUGUACAGAAUUGCUGAAUGUGACCACUUUCAAAAGGUUGCAAUCAGGCUUCUCUUGUAUACAUGAUCUAGUUUUAUCUGAACAAUUGAUUUCUUUAAUAUUAAAUGACAUGCAGUCUAAUAACUCUUAA